UUCUAUAUGGUCUACUACUGCUACCAGGCUUGGCAAGACAAUCCAAUCUUGACAUCUGUAGCUCAGAUUCCUAUUGAGAGUAUAGUGUUUCCUCCAGUAACUAUUUGUCCUCUCUAUAAUGAAAAUGUUGAUGAAGCUUCAAGGUUAUCAGAGCAAUCCAAUAUCUCUGAUUUCGUUUCCUUCUGUUCAUUUCGUCGGAACGGGUUGGAUCAGAAGACAGUCUGCAAUAGGAUACAGCUUGUAACAAACGAGCUAGGAUACUGUUUAACAUUUAACAAUGUUGAUAUUAACCUGGUUGAUACUGAGAGACUAGAGGGACCAACUAAAGUACCUGGAGUGGGAAAGAAGAACGGUCUGGUCCUGCAGCUGAACCCUGCUCCGUACUCAGUUCCAGUUCUAUACAGGAUUUUUAUCAGUGAAAUUGGAACAACAUAUUCAAAGGUUUAUUUUGAUGUUGACAUUGGUAAAAGCGGAGAAAUUGACUUUGAUAUUCAUGGACUACAUUUUGUCCAGGCUGGAACCGGUUUUAAAGAGUGGAAUGAGUGGGCUAGGGUCUGUUACUUCCCUGAUCAGCAAGAUUUACGGUUCUUCAGUUACUACAUGCAGGCAAACUGUAGGCUAGAGUGCGACUGGAACAGGACGAUAUCUGUGUGUGGCUGUGCACCUAAAUCUUAUAAUCUGAUUGGUGUACCUGACUGUAGAGAAUCAGAGAUGGCCUGCUGGAGAACAACUAUGGAGAAGGUGAGCAAUGAACCAGAAGACCCUCGUUGUGAUUGCAAGAAUGAUUGUGAGAUGACCCAUUUCUUCUACUCCAUGCGUCAAAUUGAAUCUAAGACGAAUUCAUCCAGUAUGAGCAUGUUCUUCAGUUUUGAUACUCAUAUCAUCACACAGAUAAAUAUACAGCUCAGGCUCUCAUUCUUCGAUAAAGUUGCUUCUAUUGGUGGACUCCUUGGACUAUUUACCGGGGUUUCCAUAAUUUCAGUGCUUGAGAUCCUGGUGUACCUGUGUAUGUUAGCCUCCACGCUAUUUAUUGCCAGGUCGGGGACACACAAGACCUCUCCGAUAUCAAUAAAGCAAAUGCCCUAAAGAGUG